AUGGAGCAAGCUACUUUACUGCGUGAAAAGUUCGGUUGUCACUCAGUCGACUAUUACUUCAAAGAAAUCAUGCAAUGUUCAAGGCUACACAAGGGCACACGUAAGGCCAACAAAUGGAAUGCUUUUGUUAAAAAAGAAGUCGAACAUCAUAAUGCAGCAUUAUCAGCCAGUGAGAAACAUCACAAGGCAUGUGAGCUCAUGUCCAAAAUUUGUGCACGUUGGCAGGAGAUGGACGAAGAUCAAUGCACCAUUGAAACUCAAGAUGUCAUCGAGACCCUUACUGAAUGUCGUGAAAUGAAGGAAUUAGCCACUCACAACACCAUGAUUCACACAUUUAAUGAUGCUCAGAGGACUCUCGAGAAGAUAGAUCAAGAGUUGAUGGCUUUACAUAGUCAUACUGGUGUUGAAUUCAUCUUACUUAGUGUACAAGGAGAUACAGAACAUUGGAAUCAGCCUCACGUUUUCCACAUGGCUCGUGCAGCUGAGUUCUUCGACUGUUGCUUCAAGACUUCAAUUGGAACGCUUGCAUUUCACUUCGAAGGCUAUUGUAUUGCAGGUGUACAAGGCCUUGCAAAGACUCACCUGGAUGAGGUCCUUGAGUUGAAGAAGAAGCUAAGUGAAUUGAUUUUACAAAAGCUUCAGGCUGCAGCAGCACCUGCACAGGCACAGCACAUGUAUUACACUAACUUUGAUACCAACAUUACAGUGAAGUACUGCAUGGUACUUGAGAAGUGGCCGCUAUCGAAGUUCUGCUGCCCUGGUGACAUAAGUUCAUGCAAUGAACUUCGUGUCUUGUACUAUGCCUGGAACACUAACACUACGUGCUUUCAGCAGCUUUCAGAUGUUGAGUUCGAGGAUUGGGAAAAUGGAAGGGAUGUUGAUGAAGACAAUACUUCUACUCCUCCUGUGCCAUCACCUUCCCCCCCUUUCAUGGAGACACCUACAUCAACAGCAGAUAUUCAGUCUCAGCCACUUUCAGCAAUACAGAGCAGAAAGCGGCCUGGGGAGGAGCUCAAUGGUGUGUUCUCUGUCUCAGGAGAGGCCAUGCCGGUCCAGAAGAGGGCGUGGAAAGAGUGCUCGGAUAAGGGCAAGAAGUGUGGCCCUAGGAAAGGCAAAUCUGUGUCUGCAUCUAUCCCCUCCUCAGAUUCUUCUGCCACCUCUUCUUCAGACCCAAGUUCAUCUAUGUCUAUGUCUGCGUCUCCCCCCUCCUCAGAUCCUUCUGUCACCUCUUCUUCAGACCUAACUUCAUCUGUGUCUGUGUCUGCCCCCUCCUCAGAUCCUUCUGUCACCUCUUCAUUGGGCCCAAGUUCUAUCCCCACAGCUGGAGUGUCUGCUUAG